AUGCCUCUAUUCCAGCCUCCAGUCACACCCCUUCCCGACGACCUAAACCUCCACGGCCAGACAGCGAUAGUAACAGGCGCAACAUCAGGCAUUGGGCUCGCGCUAACCCGCCAACUCCUCUCCCUCGGCGCAUCCCCCGUCAUCCUCGCCGUCCGCGACGUACCCAAGGGCGAAGCGAUACGACAAACACUCCUCUCCGACCCAACCGUCCUCUCUCGCCACCAGACUCCCGUCGUGGAGGUGAUGAAGCUGGACGUAGAAGACUACGCCAGCGUCAAGGCCUUUACGGAAGCAUUCAAGGCGAAGUACACGCGCCUUCACAUCGCGAUGCUCAACGCCGGCGUGCCGGGCUUGCGACGCCGCGUGGCGCCCACGGGCCACGAAGCGACUGUGCAGGUGAAUUAUCUCUCCAACGUGCUGCUUACGCUCGAGUUGCUCCCCGUGUUGGAGGCUACGGCGCGGGAGACGGGGAGGAUUGGGAGGCUUGCGUGGACGGGGAGCCGGAUGAUUGGGAAGACGAGCCUGGCGGAGAAAGCUCCUGUUCGAGAGGGGGAGUCUGUUCUCGGGCACCUUGACGAUGAGGCGAAUUUUGUUGGUAUGGCGCGGUAUGCGGAUAGUAAGCUGCUCGGGUUCCUGUUUCUGCAGGAGCUGGCGAGGCAUUAUGAACGGCGGCGGCAGCAGCGGGUUAUCGUAAACGCAUUUUGUCCCGGGAUGGUGGAUACGAAUAUGAGCAAUGUUCUCCCGCAGCCGUUCCGCCUCAUCGCUGAUGCCGUGAAGGCUGUGAGGGCGAGGAGGCCGGAGGUGGCUGGGUGGAUUGGACUUCAUGCUGUUGCUGUCGCGGGCGGGGAGACGCAUGGGAAGACGUUGGGGGAUAAGGAGAUUUGGGAGCCAGAGGGCUUUGCUGUUUCAGAUGAGAGUUGGAGGUUGCAGAGUAUGUUGUGGGAUGAGACUGUGGAUGAGAUGGGGAGGGUUACGAGUGUUCCUGAGUGGAUGGGCAAGGUUGAGAGUUGA